AUGGACUCUGGGCCCAUGCCGGGACGACUGUUUGACGUCAAACAAAACCUGGUGGCCUCGACGACCCGGACCACAUAUGUCGGUGAUUUUUUGGAGUUGGCGCUAGUCCCUGAGCUUACGAGGGCCCAGAAACGACAACUGGCAAUGAUAGCCAUGGAAUUGCAAGAGGAGCAUAGAUGGGAUACGAGUAAGAAGCCAAGAUUUCGCACCGAUUUCACCCAGAAAUUCGACAUCAAUGUCACAGAAGUUGACGCAAUUGCUCCACUCUAUGUCUCCGAAAUCAAUUUCCGACAAGCGGCCACUUCAUCGAAAGAAAUUUCGGGAUGGAUUUCCGAAAAUAUGGGGACCCUAUAUGGCGACGGCUUCCAACUAGAGAUCCCGAGCCACUCGAUCUAUGAUGUACUUGGGGCCAAAAUUGAAGACGCCGCAAAACAGCCAGGCACAUCGUCCAUCGAGCUGUCGGUCUGCAAGAAUCGCAUGCUCGGAGGGCAGAUGGUUGGCAAACAUCCGUACCUCGAGAUAUUCAUCUUUCGAUCCACACCGAGUCCAGAGCAAGUAUUUUUA